AUGGAGAAAAUUGAGAAUGAUAAGACAUUUUUAAAAUAUUCAGGAGAAGGAAAAAAUAAAAAAAAGAAAUCAAAAACCGAGAAAGCCCUGAUGAAAGCAAUUGGAAUUUAUAAAGAACUUAAAACUUAUUAUAACAAGGAUACAAAAAGUCCAGGAAAUGUUCGUACAAAACGAGGAGCAUUAACAAAAUAUUUUUUUAUUCCUUUGCUUGCUGCAGGUGGAAUAAUUUCAAUUGUUAUUGGUCUUUCUAUUCUGUUACCUUUAAUAGUAACUCCAGGUUUUAUAAUUGGAUUUGCUGGGGCAGCGUUUUUUGGAGGGAUAGCCUGGGUUUGUUUAUAUGCUAUUAGAAAAUUGGAGAAGAAGGAUAGAGGUGAAAGUUAUGAAAAAGAAGGGCAUUAUUAUCACAAAAAGGACAGUAAAGGAAAUUUGGUUAAACACGAAGAAAAAAGGAUUGUCAAACAUAGACGUUCACAUUCUUCUAGACGUUCAUCUAGCCGUAGUUCUCGUAAGGAAAUUCGCAAAUCUAAAAAAGUUAGAACUAGACGAGUCAAAACUGUUAGAAACCGAAGCGAGACAAUUAUUGAUAUUAUUGAAGAGGAUGAUUAAAAGGAAGUAUGUACAAAGGAAGUAAACAAUUGUAUAUAUUAUAACCCCCCCCCCC